AUGAGAUUAGCCGUGCAAACCAUCAUCUGCUGCUGUGUUUUCACCACCGUCCUGCCACUGGUAAAAGAUGCCACCGAGGAGCUCAACUCCGGUCUAAAAAAAAGGUUUAAAGUAUGGAGCCGUGCAAAUAGAGACCUGGGCAACAGCUUAGUGACAGCCAAUGAGCAGGACUCGGACAUCCAUUUUGGACUACGACAGGGCGAGAGUGCAAAAACUGCCUCAACUCAAUUAAGCUUUGGGUUAAAUGGCAGACCCAGGAGGUCGACAUCAUCCAAACCAUCCGGCUGUGUCUUAGUCACAUGUGUAUACCACGACCUGCUUCACCGACUACAUAAAUUAAAAAACAGCCAAAAAGACACCAAUGCCCCUGAGAACAAGAUUGGCUCAAAAGGCUAUGGGCGGCGCCGCCGCCGCUCACUCCUGUAUGUCACUCAACUUGCCCUCCUGGUAGAAAGACAGAGACGGGCCUCUGAAGCUGAGCCGCAAGUCUGCAGAUUCAAUAAUGUAUGCACAGUGGCCUAGGACAUUCAUGGAAAGGCAAAGGAGGACCCUUGUUGGGGCUUUUUGCUCACAGCAGACAAAGAUAAGUUUCCUAUGAGGUUUUUAAUUCUACAGAUUUACAACUAGCUAUGCAGAAAGAACGGCUGCUACAUCUUUUUGCCCAUUAGAGCUCAGGAUAUUCUGGAUGAAAGUGAGACACUAAUAAUAAAUACUGAGAAGCUUGUGUUCCCAUGUUUACCUGCAGGUUUCAAUAUGUCUGUAAGACUGUGAGAUUUAUGGAUAAUUUCAAGUCAGUCCGAUGGGACUUGACAAUAAUGUCUGUCUCUUCUUCAGUUUCCAAAGUGAGCUUGGCAGCUGAGAUAGACGAUAAUUCCUUGAGAUCAUCUCAGAAAUACCCAUGAACCGAAGAGGAACCGAGGCCACAAAAGGGGGAGGACUUUAUUUAUCAAGAAAGAGCUGUUACAGUACCCCAAACUGCCACAUUUAGGAUCCUCUCAAAGUGAACUGAAUGUGCUGAGAUGCAAUCUAUACCAUGUGUACUAAGCUUAUGCAUAGAAAAUGCAAUUAUCAGCUUCUGUAAAAGGACAUAUGAAGCCUCCUUACAUUUAAGCAUAUAAUACAAUUGUAUUUUUAUAAAGCAAAUAUACAUAUUAAACAAGUUUCUUAUUUUUAACUUCAGUGAAGUAUAUCUAAUGCUUCUUAGCUGUGUAAAUAGUUAUCUUUUCCUGUGUGUGAAUGGAGUAUAUCAUCACUCAGCUAUGUGUAUACCAAUUGUCUAAACAUUAUUGGGUUGACAAUAAUUUACUGGAAAUAUCUGAUAUUACAGAUUUUUAAGACAUUUGUUUGAAUGUUAGAAAUCAGAAUUGGCAACUGGAAAGCAAAGCACUCAUUAAGAUUUGGGCCAGUCAGAAGCAAUGGAAAAUUAUUGAGAGGCUUUUUCUACUAUGAUGUCGAAGGAUCGAUUUGUGUUGUGCUGCCAUCUAGCUUUACAGUAGGCUAUAUACUGUAUAACUGAUACAAGGUCAACUGUUUCACAAUCAGCACUGUUUCAACAGAGUGUUUAUUGUGUUACUAUUAAAUGUUUAAUACAAAAAGCUGCAGCUUUGAUGUAUCUGCUUAUUUGAAUGUAAUGAAUCACGAUAUACUCAUGAGUCAACUUGAAGAGUUGUAUGGGAACACGAUUUACGCCGUUGUUGUGGCAAACAACAGAACUUGUAAUCGUUUUCAGCUGACUGCGAUUUCCUUGUUUUUUUAAAUAAAUGA